UUACAUAUGAUGUUUUUGUAUGAAUUUUAGAAACCUCAAGGAAGCUUCUUUUAUACAGUGCCUGCCUCUCUCUCUCUUUUUUCCCCUCCCUUUAAAGAUCUUGGACAAACAUGAAAGCCGAGAUUAAAAAAUGCAGUUUCUACCAAUCCUCAGAAAGGGCACACAAGGAGCACCACUCUGAUUGGUGUUGGUUGGUUGUGGUUGUGGUUUUUUUUAUUUGCAUUUGCUCGUGAAACUGAGGUGCUUUUUGAGUUCUUUUUUCAAGAUAUUCAAUUUAUUUCUUUAAGGCCAGUAAUUAAGAAGUGAAUUAACUUGAUUUUUUCACUUCCUUUAAAGACCUCCUUUGCUUUUGACACUGAAAUUUAUUUUGAUCUAGCCUUCUGUUUCACAUAGAAGAUAUUGUUCUGCUUUUAGAAUUGUAAGGCAAUGAUAAUGUAUUCUUUUUAUUUACUUUGUUGGCGAACUAGGAAGAAAACUAGUCUUUCAUUGUGUAAAGAGUGAAUGAAAAGUUUCCCAAAUCACACCAGUCUACAACUAGGUCAAACAACAUGAUUCCAUUUAGGGCAUGAGAGUCUCCCCAUCUAUGUGGCUCUUUAAUUUGACAUGUAAUCAAUCCUGUUUCAUAAGUUUUUAAAAAUCCCCCAAAGACUGGGGCCACGUUUUGUGCUCUUAUUAUUUUAAGUUUUCCACUACAACUUGCAUAGCAUCUUGCAUAUAGUUGGUGCUUUGGAAAUAGUAGUUUAUUAGGUUUGAUUCAGAAAAUUCUUUUUGUUAUCCAGCAUAACUAGUAGAAAUGAAUUCAUUGGGGUCUAACUUCAGGUAUUGUUGUUAUUUAUGUAACUUACAAACACAGGUUUAACAAUCUCAAGUUGCUAUUUUUACCCUCCUAUCUGCUAUUGUAUUUUUUCUGUUAAGAGUUAACAUCAUUGAUUAGGAGAUUUUCUCCCUAUUAACCCUCAAAUACGCUUCAUCAGACUCUGGAUCCCCUCUGAUCUUCUCUUCAUUAUACCACACCUGUGUAGCACUGAUUUUUUUAGCUUUUGAGCCAUGGCCUUCUGGUACCUCCACACAUGAGUGAACAUCACUUUUGGAAUUGCUGAUUGCCGAUCUGGCAACAGAUAUACCUAUAAGUGACAUCGUAAUGGAGGUGCCAGCAUGGACACUAUAAAAGGGAAGAUUUUUUAGUACAUUUAAAACACUUGGGGAACAGGCUAAAACAGAAAGAAUUCUAUCACAUUUUUCUCUCCUAUGUUUCCUUUUAUAUUAUGAUGACCAUAGUAAAAUAUAACACAUUUUGAAACGGACUCCAUUUAUUUCAGCUCUUUACUGGUCAAAGUGACUCAAGGCUCUCUUGCACUCUUCUUCUCUCCUAUCUGAUUUAAUCUUCAGAAUUCUAGUUUCAGGUUGAUACUGCUAUUCAUAGAAAAAUGUAUGUUUGUAGAUGAAAAUAUAGUCAUUAAACAUUUGAAGUCCUUUCUUAAGUUGUUUUUUCGUUUGUUUGUUUAAUUUUUGAGACAGGGUCUCACUAGGGUCUCACUUUGUCACCCAGGCUGGAGUGCAGUGUCUUGGACACAGCUCACUGCGAGGCCCAUGCAAUCCUCCCACCCCAGCCUCCUGACUAGCUAAGACUACAGGCAUGCACCACCAUGCCCGACUAAUUUUUGUAUUCUUUGUAGAGACGGGUUUUCGCCAUGUUGCCCAGGCUGGUCAGGAACUCCUGAGCUCGAGCAAUCUACCCGCCUUGGCUUCCCAAAAUGCUGGGAUUACAGGCAUGGGCCACCAAGCCUGGCCCUGCUGAAUUGUUAUUUCUUCAGUAAUUAGUAUAUUAAAAAGAAUCAUCCUGCCGGUUGUACUUCCUCCUUCCCUCUUCCUCCUGAUAUGGUCUAGUGUCACCUGAGUCUUAGGCAAGUAAGCUGAGGUCAGGGAAGGAUAAAGGCUCCUCUGACCUGGGACAGUCCCAGAAGUCACUCUGGAGUUGAUUUGUGGGCCUGAGCCUGCCUUCUCCUGUGUCCCUGGCUGCUGUGCGCAAUUCAUUUAAUUUCAUGGAGGGCAUAUUCUUUACUAAAUAUAGACUACAGAUCAGAGAAACUAAUUAACCGCUUUGACAUUUCUGGGACAGAAAUCUUUCCCACUGGGUAAGCUUUAAUUAUUUAAUAGAAUAAUUCAUUCUGUCAAAAAUUGAAGUAGGACAAUAUUUACUCAAAAAAGAUUAAUAGGGUAAUAUAGAAUAUUUAAACACAUCAUCUAUAUCUGUGUGCCUGUGUGUUAAAGUACUAAUCAUAUAUAUUCUUUCAGUGUACUGAAAUUUUAAUAUUAGAAUUUUGUACCCUACAAUCAUGAGUUCUUUUGGCAUUUGAGAAAAUAAGGUUGAUUCUGGGUCUACGGUUUUUCUUCUUUUUUUUAAUCCUUUGAUAUGUCUCAAGAAUUCAACAUAAAGGUAUUAUAAAAUGGAAAAAGAGUUCAUGCUCAUACUGUAGAGGAAAAUAUUUGGCUGCACAUUCAUUCUGUAUCUCUUAAAUUUUUUUUUUCAAAUUUCAAAAGUUGCUGGACCGCUGAUGUAAACUAUCUCAAAUCCAAUUUCCUCAGCAAACUAUUGAAGCAGUUGUAGAUAAAAUAGUUUGCUUUAUCAUAUAUGGCCACCUUGAAGUAUGAUAUUUAAUGGUAGAAUGUUACAAUGUGAGAAUACCCACCGUGGAUCAACAGCAUCUUUGUACCCAAAUCAGAAAACAAAUUAAAUGUUUUAAGCCAAAAACGGUCACAUAGCAUAGUGCCGGUCUUUUAGUACCUCAGAGUACAAUGCUAGUACAAGACAGAAUCCACAAUAAAGCUGGCUAAAGCGGGGUUGUAAAUAAGCUGGUGCAACGGUCAAUUUUAGGACUUUGAGUUUUCUUUAAAAUAAACAUGAAGAUACUAACAAUAAAACAGAAACCUACACAUAGAUCAAAACUCAAAAGCAACACUGGGUUCCAUAAACAUAUGAAAAGUCAAUGUAAACAGAAUGAUGGCAAAAAAAAAAAAAAGAAUAAGAUGUAAGUAUUAGUAACUGAAUUAGAGCAUAUAUGCCACCUCUUUGGAAUUUUUUUUCUCAGAAAAUAACACUCAACUUUCCUCCCUGACUCCUGGCAGAAAUAACUGCUUCUUCCUUUGUAUUUCCUAAGAACUUUACUGGUUACAAAGUACUUGUCUCUUUUCACACUGUUAGUUGUCUUUGUAUCUGACCCCUGGAGCUGAUAAUGAGCAACCUGAAGACAGAGUCCAUUCAUUAUCUCUGGACUGGCCUCUAGCAUACAGAAGUUACCCAACUAAAGUUCUUUUAGGACUCUUAAAGCCGUUGUUUUGAACCUGUGGAUACCAGAUCGUAUUACCCAGAUUAGAGUCAUCAGGGACACCUGCUGAGCUGUAGAUUGCCAGACCCUAUUCUAGAUGUCUUCAGUCAGAAUCACUGGAGAAGAAGUCUAGGACUUUAUAUUUAACAAGCAUUUGAGGUGAUUCUUAUACACACUAAAGUUUAGAAUCACUGUUCUAAUUUAUAUAAGUUAACCAACAUUAUAUAUUAUGCUUUGUUAUUAUUUUGACUAAUUUUUAAAAAAGACUUAAAAGUUACCUCAGAAUUUGAAAUUUGUGGAAGUCUUUUAGUCUGAAUAUCACAAAAUUUGAGGAAUUAAUUUAGAUUUCUAGGCCCUGCUUAUUCUAUGUUCCAAUUCCUCAGUUAUGCUCAGAACUGGUUCAGGUGUUGAAGAUGAAGACAGAGAAAGGUUUUCUCUACUGAAACGUCUGCUCGUGUGAAUCCAUUAUUAUUUGCUGUGGCUUGCAGCCUCUGCUUCACAAGCAGGCUGAAGAUUUAAUAAUAGAGCCACCCCAAUUAGGCUUAUUGAACUUAUGAUUAUAUUACUUCGGCCUCUUCCCUGUCAACCACCGUAUCAGGUGGAGACUCAUCAGAUUACAUGCAUAUAGCACAGAAGAAAGAAAUCCCUGGAUACGAAGCCUUUGAUUCACACAUGCUCUGCUGAUAUGUCCCAGAAUAAAUGGCAAAGAGCAUGAAGCAACUAAUUAUUUCUCAUUAAUCUCAUCAGUCAAACGGUGUCAUUAUAUAUUCACUUGUUAGAUACAUUAUCUUGUCCAUUUCUUAAAGUGCAAAGUCAAAUAGUUAAGUUUAAGAAAAACGAUUAUACUGUUUAUACUCUAGGAGUUUAUUUUUAUUUUUAAAUUCUCAGUUACUUGGAGAAUUUAGUACUAUAUAAUGUAAUAUCACAUCAUGCCAAAUUAAGUGGCAUGUAUUCACUAUUAUGAGGGCCCCCCACUUAAUUUACUGGGUUAUUUCCAUUGGUAGCUAAUAUAUAGAUAGAAAUGAUGUUACUAUUCUAGGAAUAUAUACUUUAGAUUUCUUUGAAAUAGUAGAUUUAAUCUGAAUUUAGGUUGUGCAUAACAAAAAUUAUGUUUAUUUAUGUUGGUGUCCUUGGCAUCCAGCAGAGUGUCUGGCAAGCAAUAGAUGGUCAAUAAAUGAUUAUAGAUCUGGGAUGAAUCAUGCUUGAAUUUUGAGUUAUUUCCGCAGAGUAGGGACUUUUCACAAACUUCUUAGACAGCUUCCAUUUUCUAUUCAAUCCUGGGAUCUUUGUCACAUCAUAAACUAAUAUGAAGAGAUGUUUCUAAGUUAAUGCAGCAUAUUUUUUGUCAACUUAUGCUAAUGUUUUCAUUUGGUACAUCUUGUUGAAUCAGAAGCAACUUGCAAACCAAUAAAUGUAAAAAAUAUCAUUAUCAUGGCCUCAUAAUAAGUAUGACGGAUAGUGAUGAGAAGAGGACUCUCUCAAUGAAGACUCUUAAGUUUUUUAAUAAUUAAAUUAAUUGAUUAUAUUAGUUUCUUAUCUGCAAUAAGAUUUUUUUUGAAAAGUUAUUUUUGGGAGGCCCACAAUUCAUACUCAUAACUCUAUACUAAUAAGUAUCAAUUAGAAGAAAUCAGAAAAGUUUCGUUCUGUAAUUUUACCUUCAUAAUUACUGUUAAUCUUUGAAAUAGCAAGGGCUGUUUUUCGGUAUCUUUUCUAAUCAGAAUGCACAUAGUCUUCCUCCUUUUCCUUUGCAAUCUACAUUUGCCACUAUCUCUGCUUCUAGUACAUUGCCUAGGCUUGAGGUAUAGGGUAUAUAAAUUCUGCAAUGAAACUCUAAUGCUGUGGAUCUAUGAAAAACCGUAUUUUGUAGUUGCAUUAUUCUUCUUCCAGUAGAAUUAUAAACUGUAAAAUUUUAGAGCUUCAAGCGGUGUUAAUGAUCAUUAGUACAACUGUUUUACUAAUGAGGACCCUAGGGUCCAGAAAGGGGGGUCAUUAACCAAAGAUCCAUUGAUAAUUUUUAAAUAAAGGAUAAUUUAAACUUAAACUUCUCAUUUACAUAUGGCUCAUUCACUGUCUUUCACAAGCAUGGGCAUCUAAAAAUUAUAGUUUUUUACUAUAUGUGGCACUUUACAGGAAUUACUAAAAAAAAAAAAGGAGACAUUUUAGAUGCACUUUUCUAUUUGCCUUGAUCUUGAUUCUGUUAUUGUUCUACAGUGAAUGGGUGCAAGGAAAUUCAAAGACAGGUACAUUUUUAAAAAUGGUUUUUGGUUGGAACCCAGAAUUGUACAUAUUCCCAUUUUUUUUCCUUUCUGAACUCCAAAGUUCACAAGGAAAACAACCAGGAAAAAAAAUUACAUGAAAAAACAUAAUGUAAAUAUAUCUUAUAAUGUAGAUAUAACUUUUAAUUCCUAAAAAUGUGCAAUUAAAAAUAAAAUAUUAAAUGUAUUGGGGAAUUUAGUAUUGAUGGAAAUUCUAGUGUGAAGGGUUGUUUCAUAAGUACAUAAUAAAAACAAGUUACAACAUCUGAGUAUCUAGAUUUUCAGUUAUCAGUUUUAUUUUAAAUGUGCUAUAACUAUAAUACUUUCCGGUUGAAACUAGAACCAUCUUUAACAAGUUAAGCUAGAUGUCUCAUUUAACUUCGCUUUUAAACCUAAAUUCCAUAAUCUCUACAUGGUUGCACAAAAUUAUCUUUCAUAUUUGUGAAAAUAUGAGGCUAGCUACCGUUUCUCAAACAGCAGAGUAAGAAGCAGAAGUAGAAAUUUAGCUCCAUUAAUUAAUUAAGGAUUUAUUUUACCUACUCAUACAACAAGCAAGCAUAAAUAGAAAUUAGGAAACACCAAAGAUGCAGAGAUAAACCAGAAAUACGGUUGUGUUGUUGGUGAAACUGGGUGUGAAGAGGCCGUUCAGGUCCUCUCUCAGGAUGAUCAAAACCACAAACACGUAGACACCUCCAGGUUCACACUAGGUUGGUCAGUGAAAUGCGUCCUGAGUGUUUUCUAGGCAUUCUCAAAACUUGAAGGGUGCAAGUGUCAUCCUCCUUUGCAGGUCUUCCCAGAAACAUCCACCUCCUGAGUCAUGGCGACUUGUGUAUGAUACGAUCCCAGGCCUGGGAAUCUCCUGAGAAGGGUUAAACAGGGAUGCCCAAAAUACUAGCCCUGGCAAAUCUUUCCUAGUCAUUUGGUGGUUAGUCCAGAGCUUCUCAAACCUGCUGAAGCGAGCAGGAACACCUCUCUCUAUAAAUGGCUUAUCUCCAUUUAGGGGUAGCCUCUAGGGUUAAUCCAGGAGCUUUAAAAGCUGUCUGUCUUUUUCCGUCCUGUUUUUCCCGGUCGCCGCUCGCUGUCCCGGUCCGCGCCUGCUCCCUGUGUGCCUUGUCGCCAUGCCUCCGAAAAUUGAGGAAAUCAAGGACUUUCUGUUCACAGCCCGACGAAAGGAUGCUAUAUCUGUCAAGAUCAAGAAAAAUAAGGACAAUGUGAAGUUUAAAGUUCGAUGCAGCAGAUAUCUUUAUACCCUGGUCAUCAGUGACAAAGAGAAGGCAGAGAAACUGAAGCCAGUCCCUGCCUCCUAGUUUGGUAGUGAAGGAGUUGAAAUGAACCAGCCACACUGAUUUGAACUGUAUUAGAAUACAAAAAAAAAAAAAAAAAAAAAAAGACUGUUCUCACUAAGCUUAGUCAAAUAUUAUAUUCAACAAAUAUUUGCAAAUACUAAUAACUUAAUGAUUCUUUCCUAAACCUCAGGUCCUGUGCUGGGCGUUUUAUAUGUUUUUCUCAAUCUUCACAAUGAUCAUGUGGGAUAGAUGCUACUGUCAACAUCCAUAUUUUGGAGAAAAGACAACCCAGACUUAAAGAAGGUUAAUUCUCCAAAGUCACAAAACGAGUAUAUUCAAGUGUGUUACCAUGGUAGUCAGUUACUCUAAUAUCCAAGUUUGCUACCAAGUCAGUUACUCUCUCUAGUUCCUUUAUCUGUAGACUGAAGUUGUUUCUUCUCUCUCCUUUAAACUUCUCUUUUGCCUGGUUUACUGACCACAUGAUCUCAGUGGAGAGGUAAAUCUGAAAGUGGGGAAUUUCUUUUUGAGGCAGAGUCUUGUUCUGUCGCCCAGGCUGGAGUGCAGUGGCGUGAUCUUGGCUCACUGCAAGCUCCGCCUCCCGGGUUCAUGCCAUUCUCCUGCCUCAGCCUCCCAAGUAGCUGGGACCACAAGCGCCCACCAACACGCCUGGCUAAUUUUUUUGUAUUUUUAGUAGAGACGGGGUUUCACCGUGUUAGCCAGGGUGGUCUCGAUCUCCCGACCUCGUGAUCUGCCGCCUCGGCCUCCCAAAGUGCUGGGAUUACAGGCGUGAGCCACCACGCCCGGCGGAAAAUAGGGGAUUUCUAAUGAAGGCCAAUGGAUGAAGACAUUUCCUGGAGUAUAAGGGCAUUUAUGUGUCUUACUACACAUUGACAAUUUGCCUGUGCCUCUCCGCCACUUUCUCUAGUUGGUGCCUCUGACAAAUUUUUUUUGAUUAUAUGCUGUAUAUGAAAAUCCAGAGUCAUGUUUGAAUAUAUUUGGCUACUACCUUACUAUGUGCUGCAUAUGAACAUCAGUUUCACCCACUCAGGUCAAAGAAAUGUAACUACAGAUAGAGAAACAUAUCAUGCCUUUAAUCUGUCAAAGUGGUAGAAAUUUAAUAUCAACCUGAAGCUCCCAUCUUUCUCCUGUGCUAAAUUACAAGGCAUUAGGGGACAGAGUGGGGGUUUGAGAGCCCCUCUGGUCCUUGAGUCAGCUUUCUCUGUCGGUUACUGUUGAGAAAUCCACCAUUUGCUGGUCCCAGGCCACGUUAAUAGUUCCACUCAUGUUAUUGUUAAGAUGUCCCUGCUUCCUGUCCAUGAAUUGCUGUGUUAAACCUGAGGGUUCAGAAUCAUUGUUGCCCCUGUGCCACACAUCAUCUGCAAUCUCCAAUGCUGUCCAUGACCUUAUCUGCUUGAGUGAUGUUCCCCAAAUUUCAGUCUUUUUCCUACUAUACCCACAAUUUUUUAUUCAUUUUUUGACAUAUCCGGUAUCCUCAGUAUUAUUAACUUAAUAGUUUUUAAAUUAAAUGAAAAGAAUUUAAAAGGAACAACAUUGCUGCAAUAGAAAACUAGUAUCACUUGUCAUAAAAAGAAGGCAGUUACAAACACAUUUUAUGAAACCCAAAUAAUGUCGUUACAUUCUUGAUGGAUACUGUCUGCCAGGUCACAUACUUCUUAGCCUAAACUUAUGCAAUAAAACCAGAGGGAUGCUCUGCUCCAAUGGGAGGGAUUCUGGGAGAGGGAAAUAAAAUGGGUCAACGUUUCACAAGUAGAAUCCCAUUUUUGUUCAUUUAUACUUAGAUCUAGAGGCAGGGUGGUGUGAUAGGGAAAGCACAGGCCUAAAAGUCAGACCUAAGUUAUACAAGUCACGGUCAUUGACUCGAGAUGACCGGAAACAGGCCCUCUUUACUUUCUGGACCAUUCUCCCUUCCUCCCUAAAAUGCAAGAAUCCAACAGCCUAGACUUCCCUUCUGCGUACCGGCUUGCCUUGAGGAGCUGAACUACAUCUCCCACAAUG